CCAAUUCCGCUUACUGCAUAUUGUAUAUACUUAAAUGUUAAAUUGUAUAUAAAAAUAAAAUAAAGUCUAAUGUAUUUAUAAUAAUACACAAUGGGCAAAACAUCAAAGGACAAACGCGAUAUAUAUUAUCGCCAAGCCAAGGAGGAAGGUUGGCGUGCUCGCAGCGCCUUUAAGUUAAUGCACAUUGACGAGGAGUUUAAAAUAUUCGAAGAUGUACAGCGUGCAGUAGACUUAUGUGCAGCACCUGGUAGCUGGUCUCAGGUGCUGUCACGCAAGCUAUUCGAGUCCCGUCUAACAGAUGAUGAAAAGCUGGCUGUAAAGAUAUUGGCAGUAGAUUUGCAGGCUAUGGCUCCCAUACGAGGAGUAACGCAGCUGCAGGGUGAUAUUACGAAAGAAAGCACAGCUGAGGCAAUAAUUAAGCACUUUGACGAAGACGGUAACCAGAAGGUUCAGCUAGUAGUGUGCGAUGGCGCACCGGACGUAACUGGCGUGCAUGAAAUGGACGAGUAUAUGCAAAACCAGUUAAUAGUCUCAGCGCUAAGUAUAGCCACUUUUGUGUUAGAGCCAGGCGGCAAGUUUGUGGCUAAAAUAUUCAAAGGCAGAGCCAACACUUUGCUCGAGUCCCAGAUGCUAACGUUCUUCCAACACUGUGAAAUCUUUAAACCGAAGAGUUCGCGUCCAUCAAGCAUUGAAGCAUUUGUAGUCUGCACAGGAUUCAGUCUGCCCGCUGGCUACAUUCCACAAAUCAUCAAUCCGGCGAGGGAUGAUAUAAGAGAAUUGGCUGGCAAGACUGGCUCCGAGAUUAAUCGCAAACUGUUGCCGUUUAUAGCUUGUGGAGAUUUAAAUGGUGGUUGCGAUGAGUCAAAAAUGACUAAAAUGGGUAACUUUAGCGCAGAGGCGUAUUCAAUAGCAUAUGACACGAUGAAAGCCGAUCUUGAGUUUCCAGAUGAAUUUAUGGAAGAGAUGGAAAAUAUGUUUAACGGUUUGAUCAACGGUAAUUAAAGUCAGUAAGUAAAAAUAAAAAAUG